AUGACCAAACCCAGUCUCCUCGAGCUCCCACCAGGAGUUCAGCUCGUCUACCUCGCCGAGGGCGGAGCAAAUCGGUCGAAGAUGAAUCAAGACAACCGUUCUCAUCAUCAUCAUCAUCAUCAACAACAAAAAUCCCUCACGAUCGAGACCCCCCUCAUCGAGAACAGCGCGGUGCCCCUCCCCGCAAUCUUCAAAGGCAAAUUACUUCGCCUCCGCAAACAGACCGCAUCCGACCUCCCCUACAAAGAAAUAGUAGCAAACUUCAAUACAAAGAUCCGCCCACUUUUCCCCGCCAACGAACUAGUCGACCAAACACUCAUUCGCCUCCCGACCGACCUUAUCCCGCACUGCAACGAAUCACUCCGCGCCGAGGAACGAGACGGGUCCAGACCCGCCAAACGCCACGGCAGCUACCUAUGCCUAAGCGAACCAUUCGGCCUACUAAUCACAGACAUGACGGUCUUAAACGACCCCUCCGCCGCAACACUAGCCGAGUUCAAGCCGAAAUGGCUUCUUCAGUCCCCCUCCGCGCCUGCUAGCGCAGACCGGUGCCGAACCUGCGCGUUGCGGGAAAUGAAGAAUCGCAGCGCGCGAGGCGGGAAGGAGGUACGGUCGUUUUGUCCUUUGGAUCUUGUUUCUGAGCGUUUUGAGGAUGUACUCCGUGCUGCGGCGUUUGUGAGGAGAGCUGGUGGUGGUGGCAGUGAGUAUGAUCGGGUCCGGCUUGCGAAGAUCUUGUUCCGGAAUUCGACGCUGCGGAAUUUGCUGUCGAAGCAGAAGUCUUUUCGGGAGGUGGGGUUGUUGGGGCCGGAGGUCUUGUCGAGGGAGAACUCGUUGGAUAUGACGCUUCGUGAUUGUACGAUGUUUGUUAAGAUUCCCCGCGACGAAUUAUCGCCCGUGGAAAUCCGGCUCGGCGAUCUCGAUCUGAAAACGGGGGCCGGCGGCAAAGCACAGUACUGGCGAGAUCUGGAGCACCAGUUAAUCGACGGAGGCUGGUACUCUACUGCUGGUUCGGACGACAGUCAGAAGCACGAGUGUGCACUAAGUCUUUCCCGCGAUGAAUUUAAGGGCAAUGGCAAUGGCAAUGGCAAUGGAAAUGGAAAUGGCGUUCGUUCGGGAUGA